UCGACGUCCCCGGAAGUGCAAACCCAGAGUUCGGACAGGUGUGGAUUCCGCCGGCAAGGCGGCUCUUUUAGAGAUGCCAGGAGCCGCGGCCAAGGGCUCGGAGUUGUCCGAGAGGAUCGAGAGUUUCGUAGAGGCCCUGAAGCGGGGCGGCGGGCCGCGCAGCUCUGAGGACAUGGCUCGGGAGACGCUGGGGCUGCUGCGCCGGAUCAUCACGGACCACCGCUGGAGCAACGCAGAGGAGCUCAUGGAACUGAUCCGCAGAGAGGGCCGGAGGAUGGCGGCCGCGCAGCCCUCAGAGACCACUGUGGGCAACAUGGUGCGGAGAGUGCUCAGGAUCAUCCGGGAGGAGUAUGGCAGACUCCACGGACGCAGCGACGAGAGCGAUCAGCAGGAGUCCCUGCACAAACUCUUGACAUCUGGAGGCCUGAUCGAGGAUUUCAGCUCACAUUAUGCCCAACUCCAGUCCAACAUCAUUGAGGCAAUUAAUGAGCUGCUUGUGGAGCUGGAAGGGACAAUGGAGAACAUUGCAGCUCAGGCUCUGGAGCACAUCCACUCCAAUGAGGUGAUCAUGACCAUUGGCUUCUCUCGAACUGUAGAGGCCUUCCUCAAAGAGGCUGCCCGAAAGAGGAAAUUCCAUGUCAUUGUGGCAGAGUGUGCUCCUUUCUGCCAGGGUCAUGAAAUGGCAGUCAAUUUGUCCGAUGCAGGAAUUGAGACAACUGUCAUGACCGAUUCUGCCAUUUUUGCAGUUAUGUCAAGAGUCAACAAGGUGAUCAUUGGCACAAAGACCAUCCUAGCCAACGGUGCCUUGAGAGCUGUGACAGGAACGCAUACUCUAGCAUUGGCAGCAAAACACCAUUCCACCCCCCUCAUCGUCUGUGCUCCUAUGUUCAAGCUUUCCCCACAGUUCCCCAAUGAAGAAGAUUCAUUUCACAAGUUUGUGGCUCCUGAAGAAGUCCUGCCUUUCACAGAAGGGCUGUGGAAAGGCGCUGGAGAGUAUCAUGAUCUGAAGUCAUUUCUUCUGGUUUGCGUUUUGCUGCAGCUUUCCUUCCUUGGCGUAGCAACACGUGUGAUUGCCUUUCAGGGGACAUUCUGGAGAAGGUCAGCGUUCACUGCCCUGUGUUUGACUACGUCCCCCCAGAGCUCAUUACCCUCUUUAUCUCCAACAUUGGUGGGAACGCACCUUCCUACAUCUACCGCCUGAUGAGUGAACUCUACCAUCCUGACGAUUAUGUCCUAUGACCACCACUCGUCCUAAGCAGAAGCUGCUUAGGCAAACACAGAAUGGAGAGGAGGCUUCAGUGCUGCUGCUGAAACACAUCUUCCUUGUAAUGGGGGAGUGAACUGGAGUCAACCUAAUAAAACUUGAUGCUGUUCCCUGCCUCUUUAGUCAUCCCAUAACAAGGACGCACAUCCAGGACUGUUUCUUGCCUUUCAGGUCUUAGCAGAGCAACAGGUCCGACCUAUUGAUUUUAGAGCCUCUUAGUGACCUGAGGCAUCUGUUUCAGGAACUUAAACUUUCUGGUUUAGUGGUGUGUUAAACAUAACACUGAAUACCUUGCUGGGAUACAGGUUUUUGCUCAGAAAUGGCUACUACACCUUUUCCUAGGCUGUGCCAAUAAAUGCUGCUCGAAGGUUC